AUGACAUCUCGGUACUUCAAUAUACACACCAGCCACACAAGGCUAGGAUCUACUGCAUCUCCCCUAAUCCUCCACCUCCGAGCCCAGCCCCCUCAAGCCAGUCCUGCGCAUGCCUCGCCCCAGCCUCACCCCGCGUCUCGGCCGCUCCUCACAGCUCGGUCCCUUUCCUCGCUGCGACCUUGCCCGGCCCCCACUCCUGUCAAUUCCCCCGCCCCCACCCCCACCAAGCGCUCCCGCCCCCCCACUCACGCCAACCAAUCGCCUGGGGGGGGCGGAGUGUCACCCUCACCCAUAGUUCCGCUCACUCCCCCCGGAAUCACUGAGGCGUGGGUGGUGGUAACACUGGCUCGGCGCUGGUGCUGGAGUGGUUUCCAGAAAGAGAGUCAGGGCCUGGUAUGGUACCAACAGUGUAGUGGGCAGCACCAAAGUAAACUUCUUAGCUUCCUACAAGAUGUCACAGACAGCUGCUACUGCCUGAAGGUCACUGAAGGACCUUGUAUAAUGCCCAAACCAGGUGUGUUUGAGUUUAUUAAUAAAGCUAAAUGGGAUGCAAGGAAUGCUUUUGGCAGACUGCCCAAGGAAACUGCCAAGCAGAGCUAUGUGGACUUGGUGUCCAGUUUGAGUUCUUCAUCUACGUCCUCUAGCCAAGUGAAGCCUGUAGCAGACAGGAAACAACCGGAAUAUGAAAACCUGGUGGUGACCUCUGAAGAUGGCAUCACAAAGAUCAUGUUGAACCGGCCCACCAAAAAGAAUGCAAUCAGUACUCAGAUGUAUCAAGAAAUCAUUCUUGCACUUAAAGCUGCAGGCAAGGAUGACUCAGUCCUAACUGUUUUAACAGGAAAUGGUGACUAUUACUGUAGUGGGACUGAUCUGACUAACCUCAGUAUUACUCCUGGUGGAAUAGAGGAGAAAAUUAAAAAUGAACUUGUUUUACUGAGGAAUUUUGUAAACAGUUUUAUAGAUUUUCCUAAGCCACUGAUUGCAGUGGUAAAUGGUCCAGCUGUGGGAAUCGGCGUCACCAUCCUUGGGCUGUUCGAUGCUGUGUUUGCCUCCGACAAGGCAACAUUUCAUGCUCCUUUUAGUCAACUAGGCCUAAGUCCAGAAGGAUGCUCUUCUUACACUUUUCCGAAGAUAAUGGGUCCUGCCAAGGCAGUAGAGAUGCUUGUUUUUGGAAAGAAGUUAACAGCAGAAGAAGCUUGUGCUCAAGGACUUGUUACUGAAGUUUUUCCUGAUAGUACUUUUCAGAAAGAAGUUUGGGCCAGGCUGAAAGCAUAUUCAGAGCUCCCUGCAAAUUCCAUGAGAAUUUCAAAACAGAUCAUCAGAAAUAUGGAGAAAGAAAAGUUACAUGCUGUUAAUGCUGAAGAAUGUAGUGUCCUCCAAGAAAGAUUCUCUUCUGACGAAUUCAUAAAUGCAGUCAUGAACUUCUUAGGCAGAAAAGCAAAACUGUGAUGACUACUAGAGGAAAGUUAAAAGUUUCAAGGAAUAGAUGUGCUAUGAUUUCUGAUUUCUAAUACUUGAACUAAAUGAACUUCACUGUGCCUUUUUCAGUGAUGAAUUAUGAUUUAUAAUGAUUCACUAGAGCCCUAAUGAAAACUUAAAUAAGCUUUAAGAAUUUACAUACGUUUGCCCUGGCUGGAUAUUCCUGUUAAUUAGAGCAUCAUCCUGAUAUGCCAAGUUGCACGUUCAGUCCCCAGUUAGGGCACAUACAGUCCAUAAAUGAGUCCAUAAAUAAGUGGAACAAAAUUGAUAUUUCUGUCCCCUCCCCAUUCCUUCUCUCUCUAAAAAGCCAUAAAUUUUUUAAAAAUUUAAAGAAUUAACAUAAGUUUCAUGUUGAACUCCUGACUCCAGUAGGAGCGUGGGAGCUGUGUGGGGCCACAGUCCUCUCCACCCCAGGUUGCCACCUCUGCCCUCUCCAUGUGCAAGGCCUCGGUGCCCCUGCUGCUGCUCCCACCCUGCCCAGGAGUCAGUUGAUCAUAUUGCAUUUGAUGACACCUAACUAGUAGUUCUCUGCUGGGAUAGUGCUGUCACUUAAUGGUGUUUGGGAGUGCUGGGCCAUAUUUUUGGUUUUCAUGGUGUAUUUAGUGAGCAUGGCCAAAUAUGGUAACAUUCUGUGUGCAAGGGACAAUCACACCAAAUAAAGAAUUCUAUCCAAAACA